AUCUUGAGGGUUAGGUUCACACAUGAAGUUGUAUUAUUAAAAAGGAUCAGCGUCCAUCACCUGCCACUUUCACCUGCGGGCGUCAAUCAAACUGGGUUGUGCGUCGUUUUCUCCUGACACGACACUUCUAUCUGAUUGGUCAAGCCGUGGUUCAGGGGCGGGAGCUCCGUGGCCUCUCCUGAAAUCCCAUUGGACGAGAGGUGCCUUGGUCGACGUGACGCAGCUUGGAAUUCCCAAAGUUCCCAAGUUCACGGGAAGAGAGGAGCCUUGUUCUUACUAAAAAACAAAACGUUUUGAAGGAAAAACAGCGAGCGACUGAGGUGUAAACAAAUUGGAAAAUCAUAAGGCUUGAGUCUGCACCGUGCUGUGCCAAGUUGAGCCUGAAGGGGGCGAUGUCUGACAACAGCAACAGCACAGGCAGCAGCGGCUCCUCCACCAACAGCUGGACCCUCCUCUCCCCCGAGGAAGCUGCUGUUGAGAAUGUCGGGCCAGUAGACGACGGCACUGAGAGCCUGGGUGACGUCCCGAGUCUCUCAGAGGAUGUGACAGGAGCUGCUGCAAGUGACAUUCCAGUAGAAACUGUCCUGUCUGAAGAAGGCCAUCAGGUGUGUCAAGAGACCUCUCCAGACUCCAGUUUGGGUCCCAUCCCAUCUAGUCCAUCCCGGAUGAGUCCUCUCCCCCCCAGCCUACUCGAUCCUCCGGACCUCGACCUGGAGAGUCAGGCUCCAGUCAUCCAUGAUAUUGUGACCAGCUCCCCCAGUGACAAUGAGCACCUCGGGGCCACACCCUUUGUCACCAACAUUGAUUUGGGGACUCCACUUGAUAUUCCCACUGCUGAACUCCUGACAGAUGAGCCGGAGGAGUGCUGCUCCGCUCCCCUGACUGAGAUCCCCGUCUCUGCAGAAGAAGUGCUAGACACGCCUGAUGAUGUUCCUGCCAGCCCUGCUGAGGAGAGUCCUGUCUUCACUGCUGAACCUGAGGUCAACAUCCCCGCAGAGACCCUCACAGCCACCGAUGCUCCCUCUCAUGUUGAAGCUGAUAUUGGCUUCGCUACAGAGAGUACAGAGCAGCCAAGCCAAGUCCCAGAGAGCCUGGUGACAGAGAGCCCCAUCAAUGAUAGUCCUGCACCAGAGACUGUUGGUUCAGUAGAGACAGAGGAGCAGGAAGAGGAGGAGGCAGGUAUGGAAAAGGAGGAGAUGGAGCCGUCUGAGACAGUGACCCAAGAUGAGAGAGAAGAAGAAGAAGAAGAAGAAGAAGAAGAACCAUCCGGCAGCUUUGAUUUGGGCGACACAGGCAGCUUCGACGAAGGCCUGAGGAGGAGGAACGUCCCCUCCUUCGAGGCGCCACGACCAAGAACAUCAGAUGAGGAAGAUGAUGAAGAGGAAGUGGAAUUCAAGCUGGCUGAGAAGAAGGAGGAAAAGCCAUGGUUCUCCUUGAACAAAUGCAUUGUGGGUUCUCUGAUCCUGCUCUUCUUAGGUUCCCUCUUCCUCUCAGGUUUCCUCUCUGACCUGAAUAAUGGUGACUUUGACGCCUCUGAGCUGAGUGAUGGAGAACAAAGCCAGGACUGGCUUAGCAGUGAUCCACAGGAUAUGAAAGAGCUAUUGGAUAAACUGACACAGGAAAACCAGCAAAUCGCUCAGCUAGAGGCUCAACUAAAGUCUCAGAAAGCAGAACUCGACACAGCACUGAAGGCGGUAGCAGCGAGUGGUGAUGAAAAGGGUAAAGCAGAUCUGGAAAAAGAAAACUUAAAGUUGAAGGAGGAGCUGUCGUCGCUGCCUGAGCUGACGAAAGAGCUGGAGAGUCUGAGGUCCAGGGUGACUGAGCUCAGCCAGCUCUCAGCCGAUCAGGAAAUGCCCCCGGCUGCCUCCAGCUCAGCCCCUCAGCCUGGUGACAAAGAUGGUCAGAGGAGCCAGAAAGCAGCUGAACCUGAGAGGAGGAAGGGCGCUAAUGAGGGAGGAAGGCUGAAGGAAGAGCUCCAGAGACAGAAAGGUCUUCUUGAGGAGAGCAAAAAGAGACUGCAGGAGAUGAAGAAAGAUGGAGGCGACCGGAAACACGUGAGGGAUCAUUUGGAGGAGAUCCAAAAGAGGCUUUCGGAACAAGUUGAGAGGUGGGGUAAGAAGAAGCCACAGGAAUCCAAAUGGAAAGGGAACAAGGGCAAAAACAAUGACCACUGGAAGAAAGAGGAAAAGAAAGAGUGGAAGCACGGCAAGGAGGGAGGAUGGAGAGAGAAGGAUGAGAAGAGGGAGAAAGAGUGGAAGCCUCAGAAGCAAAACUCUCACAAAGAGGCCUGGAGGAAGCACCAGGACGAGUGGGAGAGGAAGAAGGAUGAGCGCAAAACGGACAGAGACGAGAGGAGGAAGGAGAAACCGUGGCAUAGCCGGCCCGGUAAGAACUCCCACAACCAUCAUCAGCACCAACAUCAGCACCAGCAGCAGCAGCCGCAGCCCCGUCAGCCCCACCAGCACAAACACAACGACUUCUGGAGAGACCAGGAGCAGAAGCUGCGGCGCAACGUUCGCCCCCAGCUGGGCUGCAGCUCCGUGGAGGACUGCGCCGGCAAGGAGGGGCUCUACCCGGUGGAGCUGCCCGAGUUCGAGGAGCUGCUGGAGGGCUACCUGAGCAAGCUCGAGGGAUCUUCGCCCGAGAGCAAAGACAAGCUCCGGAAGCUGACGGCGGAGUUCUUUGAGGACGGCGGAUUUAUCCACGACAGGGUUCUUUUCAGCGACUUUGCCGAGGAUGUGGCGGACAUCCUGGAGGACAUGGUGGACGUUUUGGAAGAGGGCGGGCAGAAGGACGGCGACUCGCUGGAGGAGGAGAUGGAGGAGUUUGAACGAGAGGCGCUGUGGAAGUUUGCUGCCACAGCUUAAACAGACAAAGAGGGGAAACUGAGUGAAAUACAACACUAACAUGCAGCACAAAGCGGUGUGGUAGAGGACAUUUCUUGCCUCCUCUUCAGAGCUGUAAUUGUAGUAGCUUCUGGUACAGAGUGGUCGUGCCUCUCAUAAAUGUUUCCCUCUGAGUCUUUAAUUAUAAGCUAGACUUGUACUUGUCAUCUUGGACUUAGUUGUUGUUACCUACCUCUGUCAGGUCAUGCCUCCUUAUGCGAAGUCCUUUAGUACUGUGUUGUGUGGAUUUUCCUCUGCUGUAUAGUGUUUUCUCAAUACGUAGUGCAUGUUGCAGUUCAUCAUGUAAAUUCAAACUGAUAAUAUUCAUAUCACGCACAAGGAAAACUGGGUAUGAGGAGAUGGUAUUUGCAAGAAUAAUUCUCUUGAGCAUCACUGCAGUGGUUCAAAAUAUUCCACACAUUGUUAUAUAAGUUGGCCGUUACAGAAAGUCUGCUUUAACUGUGUGAAAAGAACCCGCCAAUGCUCGGAGCAGGUUAAAACAAACACUGAGAACAUUUUUUUGCAGAUACCAUUUGCCUCAAGUCGGGUGUAGCUGUCCAAUCCCAGAGGAUGAGAUCCCGGUUCUUUCAGUGAUAAGAAUCAGAUCAGGUCAGACCGGUUUUGUGUCAGCAGCUCUUUGGUAGAUUUGGCCAAACACACACACACACACACACACACAUACAGACACACACAGAGUGCUGUUUGAGAGCCCUGAGCGUUCAGUUGCUCGAUCUGACAGACUUUUCACUCUGUCAGUUGACAGCAGAUGUGCUGAACAACCGGGAACUGGUUUGGGAAAUUGCAGAGCUGCUCAAAAAAGGAAAAAAAAGCAAUAGGACAAAGUGAUAGCCAUAGCUAAAUUUAUGACUGCUAAACCACUUUAGCACUUUUCUCAAACAUUCACAUUUACAGCAACAUAUUUUUCUCUUUUGUUAUUAGACCAUUUGUUCUCUGAAUCUUUUUGUAAUGUAGCCAUGGGGACCUCCAACACAUGAUCUACAUAUACUGGGUAUCCCAGAGCAAAAGUUAUAGAAUUAACGUGCCGUAAAUGAGAUUGGAAACCAAACCAGUAUAUACUAUUUCUUUUCCAUUUUCCUCUUCUUCUGUUAGCAGGUUAACUGGCAUGCACACAAGUGAUAUAGUAAAAGUUAUUUAGUUCAAGAAAACGGCAAAAAUGAGGAGGCUGCUGCGUUUUUUGGGGGGGUUUUUGUCCAAUUUUAAGUUAAAUGUGCCAGCCAGUAGCCACAAAGCAUUGAGUGUUGCAGAACUGCUUUUUUAGUGUUGGCUCAUUUCUUUUUCAUUUGCUUUGUUUUAGUGUUUGAUUCUAGUCACAUUUGAUGAUGAAGUUUUCCCUUUAUAGGUGGAUGUGAAGUUAAAGUCGACAGAUUGUGAUUGUUGGUCCACAUUUUUUCAGUGAUCAGAAGAACCUCUGGAGUGUUUCAUGUUUAUUUAUUCUGUCAGUACACUGCAACUCUUUUCCUUCUUUUUUUUUUUUAAAUGAGACUUUGUCCCAGGCCAAACAUAUUGAAUGUGGAAACAGAAGUUUUUUUAGUUCCUUUCAGAAAUGUAGUUUGCCAGCUACUGCUGCUUUCGUGCCUUUAUUAUAAAGAGAAUCUUCGAUUGGACAAAAGGUCUCAAGAUUUCAUUUGCUUCUGCAAAAAAUUAAGAAGAAAACAAGUUUACACUGCUUGCUGUUUAUCGGGCAGAGAAUGAAUGUCAGAUAGGGUUUACACAUCAAGUGUUGUUCUCUGCUGUUUGCACAGAGGAACUUUUUAUUUUGAAAGUUUUUAGACCAAAGGGAUCGGAGGAAAGCUUAAAAUCAACAGAUAAAUCAUUUAAUGAAACACGUUUGUGAAAGUUGAAUCAAUAUUUGAGGAGUUUAUUUGUCUUUGUGGGACAACAGUCGAGCUCUGCGCUUGCUGCUGACGUAGGACCUGACUCAGAUGUGCAUGUAAUUGAUCCCUGGACAGAUGUAUUGAUAAAUUUGGAUCAUUUUUAAUUUCUUUCAUCAUCAGUUAUGUCCUCUUUUAGGAAGUCAGUGUUAAGUUCAAUAAAUUUUUCACCAUUAAAAAUGUAAA